GAGCACAUAUGGGUCAUCCGAACAGAGUAGAGUCUGAGAUAAUCGCUUCAUCAGACAAGGAAGAAAAGCAGAGAUAUGAGAGCCGGCGAAGGAAAAUCGUGACAUGGAUAUCUUCACAGAAGCCUUGCGACUUGUCCUUCUUGUAUUACUCAACUGCGAACUAAGAGGCUGUUAUAAAGUGGCUUGUACUGGACAGCUGAUCAUAGAUCAAGACAGGAUUCCCAUGGGCUCCAACCUGACGGUACACUGCCAAUCCAGCACUGUGAGUUGUGGCAGGGUCUUCAUCAUGAAGUUCAAUCAGAAGGAAUUUCUAAGGAAGACCAGCUGCUCCAGUGUGACUGCACAAGUGCUUGUGAACGAGCCAAAAUUCUCGCUCUAUUGCUUAUUGGAAAUACAAGGGAAGCAUCACAUUAUCUGCGGACGGGACAUCAUAGCUAAUCCAAUUCCAAGUCGACCACAAAUUAGAAAAAUGGUAUUCGCAAAAGGUUCCCUCUCCCCCACCGUACACUGGCACAGCUCCGACAGCAUGGAGGAUCUAAAACCUGAGCUGAGGUUUCAGAUGGGUAAUUCGAACUGGGAGAAGGGAAAUGUGACUCAGACUCACAGAGGGAUGCUUGUGCUGCUGGAGAAGUUAAAGCCGCUGACGUCGUAUAAGUUUGAACUGAGAGUCUGCACAGCUUCGGUGACGUAUAACUGCAGUUUGUGGAGUAAGACGUUCAGGCAGAGCAGCCCUGGCAAAGCACCCUCGACCAAGCUCGAUGUGUGGAGGAUAAUCACGAGAAAUGAACAGACUGACACUCAGAAUGUGACCGUCAUGUGGAAGCCUUUAGGUACAGAGGAUUAUAAAGGAGUCUUGCACCAUUAUGAAAUAGUCUAUCGACAGAAAGGAGCCACCCACGUACUGAAUUGCUCAACAACUGACAGCCAGUACACACUUCAGCUGCCCCUGGCGGUGACGGAGCUGAACGUCAGUGCUGUUACAUCAGCAGGAAGCUCACCACCAGCUUUAGUGAGACUGACCUGUUCAGCAGGCAUACAAUCACCAGAUAUAAACUCAAACCAUGCAACAGGGGGCGGCAUAAACCUUAUGUGGGCCUCACAUGACUUCUCAAAUAGAACUUCAAAGGAAAUGCUGGGCUUUGUAGUUCAGUGGCAGUGCGCCCCUCUACAAGUACAGUGGAAGAGAAAUGACAAACACUACAACUCAUUAUACAUUCAGGCUACACCCCCGUCUCUGUGUAACAUUUCAUUUUUUGUUGAGACCAGUGAUGGAGUGUCAUGUCCUUCUUUUAAACAAAUCCAUAUGAUUAAGAAAGACACUGGGACAACACUCGAGGAUAUCAUUGGUCCUCAUGUUGGUCUACAGAUCUCACCAGUGCAAUCUCCUGCAGGAAAAAUGAAAAAUGGACUUGUAGUUGGGAUUUGCCUCAUAAUCGCUGUUCCUUUAAUUAUCAUUGUGAAUCUAAUGUACUUGAAAUGUACACGACAAAGAAUAAGGAAGGUCUGUGUGUCAAUGGGACCCUCUUGGCUUUUUCAGAACUUACCCAAGCUUGGAAACAGCAAUGCCAUCAAAUUACUGAAGGAUGAGAGAUGUGGUUCUGAUCUGUGCUGGCAACCCGUGGACAACGACCCACCAUUAUCCCCAGUUGAGGACUACAGUCCACCUGUGGAAAGGAAGGUCUCGUACCCCAUCGUGCACAAAGAAUUAAUCACAGAGGAGAGGACAGUUGCGCCAGACUGGACAGUCUGUUCUUAUAAACCACAAAUCAUGAUUUCUCAAGGAGCAGAGGCGGCGUGUGAGGUGGCCGAAAGGGAAGAAGAUGAGCCUCCUUGGGUGGAUUUCUGCUCGCCCGUAUUUGAUACGUUUGGACAGCAUUUUUUUCUAAAUCAAGGAAUGCAUGCAUCUCUGCCAAACUGCUUGACUGUGGAUGGGAGACCUGUAUCUAUGGAUCUUGUAAAUGGAUUCCCCUUUUUUACCUCUACUGCUUUAGAUGGAAACAUGUGGACAGAAGGGAGGUUUGCAGAAACCGGAAAUGGUGAUCGGAACUAGCAUCAAAGCCAGACAGACAGUGACUCGGUGACCAAGGUGCUUGAGAGACCUUUCUCAUGAAGACAGACCUCCUUUCCCAGCUCAGGGAGGUCUGCAGACUACAGAGACUUUUAACAUUUUUUUUAUUUUUUUGACAAUGUGAAAAUCCUUGACUGUAAAAGGAUUUCAUGUUCCACUGCAUCAAUCACGUUUAACGUAAUGCUAAUUAUAUGGGAACUGAGCCAAAGAUUUACAUUUACUAAACCCCUAUAACCUGCCGAUAAGGAAUCCAGAUCCCUAACCACACGACCACCGCACAUUAAUAAAAUAAAAAUAAAUAUCCAUCAUGAGGUUCUUCUAGGCAGGCCUGUUUAAAGCCUUGAACAAGAUUUGAGGAAUCUUGUUUUUUUUUAAAAAAGCUAUAUAUUAUAUAAUUUUAUAUAUAUAUAUAUAAAUAUACAGUAUAUAUACAGACACACAGACACAAAGAGCAGCUUUGAGGAGAGAGAGAAAAUGGAUCUUUAACCUCUCUAAUGAGACUUGUUUUUACUUUACACGUGCACUGUACACACACGCAUACAGACACAAAAUAAAAGCUGUUUUACACACACAC